AUGGAUUUCAAAGAUGAAGACAAGGCAAAGGAGAAACUUGCUUCCUACCUGCGCAGUUGGGAAAGAAAAGAUACAACUGAAGAUUCAACUGAAGAUUCAACUGAAGAAACAACUGAAGAAACAACUGAAGAAACAACUGAAGAUACAACUGAAGAAACAACUGAAGAAACAACUGAAGAAACAACUGAAGAAACAACUGAAGAUACAACUGAAGAAACAACUGAAGAAACAACUGAAGAUACAACUGAAGAAACAACUGAAGAAACAACUGAAGAAACAACUGAAGAUACAACUGAAGAAACAACUGAAGAUACAACUGAAGAAACAACUGAAGAAACAACUGAAGAUACAACUGAAGAAACAACUGAAGUCCAAAAAGUGAUCAUAGAGUGGCCUGUUGAAGCUCUUACGGGUGGGAUAUGUCUGGUUGAUGGCCCUGGUAUCAAGGAAACUGAAGAGAUGGAUGAAGUUGUGGCGGGUGCCUUAUCAUCCACCUGUGCCUUCAUCUAUGUGAUCAACAGUGCCAUUCCCAUGAAAAAGGCUUCAAAGUUAGUAAGAGGCGGUAGCAUGGAGCAUGGAGAUGGGCUUUCCUAUCUGCUGACGUUGUGCCAGAACCACAAACGGGGAAAGGUGUUUGACCUGGAAUCCACCAUGUUCGUCUGCAACAAGUGGGACGUUGUUGACCAGAAUGAGCGAGCAGUGGUGAAGAAAGACUACUUAAAGAAACUUAAGGACCACUUCCCAGAGCUGAGAGAUGAUCAAGUGUUCUUUCUCUCAUGUAAACAGGCUGUUGGUCCAACAGGAAAGCUAUCUCCAGAGUUCGACAGGCUGCUGGACGGGUUGGACAAGCUGCUUCCACAGAGUCUGCAGCACAAACUGGAGCUGCAGUAUCAGCAUGUGGGAGUUGUGCUGCAGAAGGCAAGGCAGUACAUCAGGCUGAAACUGCAUUGUGCUUUUAAUAAUGGAACAAAGGAAGAAAGACAGGAGGCAAAGGAAAAAGCAAAGAGUCGCCUUGAAAAGUUCAAUCAGAUUGCAGAGCAAGUCAAAAGGACUCAAGGCGAAAUGUUGAAAGCUGCCAGGAGGGAAGCUGAGGGCCUUCUCAGGGUGUUCUUUCAGGAUGAGUCUGUCAAGGACAGUGUCUUGAGCAAGAUAAUGCAUUCAGAUGACUUCCAAGAGGUGGACAAUAGUGAGGUAUGUUCCACAGGGCUGAUAACAGCCAUUGCUGAUGAGAUUGAGUCACAGCUGGAGAAUAACCCAAGAGCCUCAGCCUUCAACCAGUGCAUCCAUGAUGCGGACAUCCGACUCAAGGAAGAGUUCAAGACAAAGUUUGGUGCCUUGUUGAAACAGCAAGACAAUGUGAUUGAUGAAGUGCUGAACCUCCCACCCAAGCACUCAAAACUUAAGCGUCUCAGGAAGUUUUUCAAUGACAUCAUCUUCCGAGCUGCAAGUGUCUUUUCUUCGGAACCCUACAUGUCUGCGCUGGACAGGAUCAUUGACCACGGUUAUGCCAUCGGGGCUCUGCUGAACUUAGCCAUGAAGGGAACUCUACUAAAGAUGGCAGAAAGUCCAGACAACAGGGACAAAUACAUCAGUCACUUUGUCAACCAGGUCUUUGGUGCAAUGGUAAAGGAUAUAGCCCUCAAGACAGUCGUGAUAAAACACUUCGAAGGACUUAUCGAUUUUCACAACUCAUGCAAAGAUGCUGUCCCCAAGCUUCAACGUCGUGUUCAGAAACUCAUCCAAGACGCUGCAUCAGAGAAAAGAAGUAAAGAAAAAAUAAAGAAAAUCUAUGAACCAAAAUCUCAAGAGGUUUGCCGACUGGCUGAGGUCUUUUAUGACUUCUACAUCAACAACAUCAAGAAACACGAGUUUGACAUGACGAAUCUAUCCCAUUGCUGUAACAGUUUUCAGAAUGCUGGAUCAUACGGACAUGUGCACAAAGUGGAAGUCAGCAAAGAUGGAGUCACGUUCACGGCAGCUGUAAAGAUCCUACACCGUGAGACUACAGUGACUGAAGACUUUGUUCGAGAAGCAGAAAACCUCAGGGAGCUGGGAGGACAGCACAUUGUCAAAUACUAUGGAACAGUGUUUGGCAAAGACAAAGCAGGAAAGCAGACCCUGGGGUUGGUGAUGGAGUACUGCCCGAGCACACUUGAGGCAAAGAUUGAAGAAAAAAGCCCAGCCUGGUGGGGUUCUGACCCAGAGAAGCAGGCAGCAGCCUUCAGCUACACCCAGAACCUGGCAGUACAGCUGUGUGAGGGGCUCAAGCACAUCCAUGGUGAAGGGUACAUCCACAGGGACCUCAAACUCAGCAAUGUUCUGGUAUGUUUGUUUGCAGAAUAUUGA